GUUCCGCUUCCGUGAAGUGAGCUGCCGGGAGCGGGAGGGAAGUGAGGGUCUCGUCUGCUGUGGAUGUGAUGGAAGAUGUCCUUGUCCAGCUCUGUGGCUCCCGCUCCUCGGACCCGGUUCCAAUCUGGGUCCAUGGACAUGUCGGCGUUUGCUUCAAUCACCUUCUCAUCAGCUGCAUCCCUCAUGUUCUCCUAGCUGUGAGCAGUGCAUGUCACGCUGGAGCUCCCAGGCAUGGCAUUUCUGGCUGCACGAGUACUCCAUGGCUGUGCAGGACUUGCAUCUCCUUCGUCAUAUCGUGCCUUUGUGCUGCUGAUUUGGUCCUUGGAGCUCUUUUUCCCCAUGAAGUUACCACCAAUUUAGAGGUCCUUAACGGGAGUGUGUCCUGCUUAGCUUGGAUCACCCACUUUCUAUCACUCCUCAACCUCCGAAAGUCCUGCUAUGGAAAUACUCGGGGACCUGUGAGUCUGAUGUUUGCGGUCCUCCUGGUGACCCCGUCAGUGGUGAUUACGAUGGUGUGGCUGUGUGAGGAGGGAGCAGUGAGGUCACCUCUGAACAUGGUGCUGGUCUCCCGCUUCUCGGUGUCAUGUCUUCGCCUCUUUUGCAUCAUCAUUUAUUUAUGCGCCUUUCUUGUCCCUCCUCGUCACCUCACGUCUCCUGCCGUUGUCUCCGUCAAUGAUGAUGGUGAAUAUUCUCCUUUGGUCGCCUCGUUCCACGACAGUGAUGAGGAACCAGCAGAGGACGGUGAAAGUUGGUUGUCACGAUUCUUCUACUUUUGGAUGAAGCCCCUGCUACAAAGAGGAGCAUGUGGAGGACUGAAGUGCCCUCAGGAUGUUUAUCUUUUGCCCCGUCAACUCCAAACACCAAGGAUCCGCAGGAACUUGUUCUCUAAGCGUGGCCCCGGAGCCCCGCGCCUCCUUUGGGCGCUGCACUCCUGUUUCGGAGCUCAUUAUUACUCCCUGGGAGUCCUGAAGCUUGUCUCCUGUGCUCUGAUCUUCAUGGGGCCUGUGCUGCUUAAUCUCCUGGUAAAUUUCAUGGAGACAAGGCAGGAGGCUCUCAGCUGGGGUGUGCUGUACACCAUCGGACUCUUCACCACUGGACUUCUUGGUGCCCUGGUUCAGAAUCAGUUCACACAUCAGAUUAACAAGCUGAUGCUAUCCGUGCGAGCCUCAGUGGUCACCAGCAUCUACCAGAAGACCCUCCGCGGGGAGGGGACUGGCCUGGCCACGUUCUCCCCAGGGGAAAUCGUCAACUUCAUGAGCACAGAUGCUGAUCGGAUAUCGAACUUCUGCCGCAGCUUCCAUGAACUCUGGAGCCUCCCGGUGCAGUUCUCAGUCACACUCUACCUCAUGUACUUGCAGGUGGGCAUUGCCUUUCUUGGGUGUCUGGGCCUGGCACUUCUACUGGUGCCCCUCAACAAAAUCAUCGCCAGCCGUAUCAUGCACAACAACAAAGAAAUGCUGCAACAUAAGGAUGCCCGGGUCAAGCUGGUGACUAAGCUCCUGUCCGGGAUGCGGGUGGUGAAGUUUUACACGUGGGAGGAACAUUUUGCCCGUCUGGUGUCUACGUUACGGGCGCGUGAGCUGCGCAGUCUUCGUGCUAUUAAGCUUCUGGACGCGGUGUGUAUUUACCUGUUUGCAGCACAACCCGUCCUUAUAUCCAUCAUCACAUUCAUCACCUAUGUGUUGCUUGGACACCAGCUGACUGCGGCUAAGGUGUUCACCUCCUUGGCUCUGGUGGGGAUGUUAAUUCCGUCCCUCAAUAACUUCCCCUGGGUGCUGAAUGGAGUUUUGGAAGCCAAGGUGUCCCUGGAGAGGGUGGAGAGCUUCCUGGGGCUCCCGGAGCAGGACCUGCUGCGCUACUACCGGGUGGAAGCUCCUUCUAGGGAUGGACGUCUGGCGGUGGAGAUGAGGAACGCCACCUUCUCCUGGGGGCCAGAGGUCAAGGAAUCCGGAUCCUUCACCCUCUUCAUUCAGCAGCUGUCUGUGAAGGAGGGCGUGCUGCUGGCGGUUGUCGGGAAGGUUGGCUGCGGGAAGAGCUCGUUACUCUCAGCGAUCACCGGAGAAAUUGGCAGGCUGGGCGGAGACUUGUUUGUCGCCCACCAGGAGUUUGGAUUUGGGUUUGUAGCUCAGGAGUCGUGGAUCCAGUUCGCCACCAUCCGAGAGAACAUCCUGUUUGGGAAGGAGUACGACGAGCGCCUGUACAAGGAGGUGCUGGAGACCUGCGCCCUGAGCCCGGACCUCAGCAUUUUGCCAGCUGGUGACCAGACAGAGGUCGGGGAGAAUGGCGUGACAUUGAGCGGAGGGCAGAAGGCUCGGGUAAGCCUGGCCCGGGCUGUAUAUCAGGAGAAGGACAUUUACCUCCUGGAUGACCCCCUGGCCGCAGUAGACACAGAUGUGGCCGCUCACCUCAUGGACAGAUGCAUUCUGGGUAUUCUCAGACACAAGACAAGGAUCCUCUGCACCCACCGCACCGAACUGCUGGAGAAAGCGGACGUCAUCGUACUGAUGGAGGGCGGCGAAAUUGUCUGCACAGGUCCACCAGAAGAAGUCUUACCUCGGGUGCAGAAAUCUCCUAAGUUAACCCCAUCUUCUCUGCAGACCUCAGGUGAUGGUCCACCAGAAGAAGUCUUACCUCGGGUGCAGAAAUCUCCUAAGUUAACCCCAUCUUCUCUGCAGACCUCAGGUGAUGGUGUGUAUCUAUGUCAUUGCUUGUGGAGCUGUGGGGGUUCUGCACCAUUGUAGGUGCACCGCUGGGCUGUGUCUGUGCAGGGCAUGGAGAUGUGGGGGUGACAUAUCCCAGGAGACCCCCGCAGACCAGGCACGUUCUCCUUACAGUUAUGAGGAAAAUGGCGCCCCCCCCUCCCCCAACCCUCUUGUAAGUUAUCUGCUUUAUGUGACAGGACAUAAUAUAAUCAUCCGGGCCUUAGAAGGUCUAAUAAUGAGGAAACUCCAGCCUCAGAUGAAAACUAAGUGCUCCCUAUACAAGUGCCCACCGAUGACUCCAUAUACAAGUGCCCCCCGAUGGCUCCCUAUACAAGUGCCCCCCGGUGACUCCCUAUACAAGUGCCCCCCGAUGACUCCCUAUACAAGUGCCCCCCGAUGACUCCCUAUACAAGUGCCCCCCGAUGACUCCCUAUACAAGUGCCCCCCGAUGACUCCCUAUACAAGUGCCCCCCGAUGACUCCCUAUACAAGUGCCCCCCAAUGACUCCCUAUACAAGUGCCCCCCAAUGACUCCCUAUACAAGUGCCCCCCGAUGGCUCCCUAUACAAGUGCCCCCCGAUGGCUCCCUAUACAAGUGCCCCCCGAUGACUCCCUAUACAAGUGCCCCCCGAUGACUCCCUAUACAAGUGCCCCCCGAUGACUCCCUAUACAAUUGCACCCCAAUGACUCCAUAUACAAGUUCCCCCCGAUGACUCCAUAUACAAGUUCCCCCCGAUGACUCCAUAUACAAGUGUCCCCCGAUGACUCUAUAUACAAGUGGCCCCCCCGAUGACUCCAUAUACAAGUGCCCCCCGAUGACUCCCUAUACAAGUGCCCCUCAUGAUUCCAUAGCUUGUAGCAGCACCUUCAGCAGCAGUAACUCGAGGUCCUGGUUUUCUAAGGUUUGAGGAUGUCCGUUUUGUUCUCUUAAAGGGGUUGUGGCGAGUGUAAGUUAUCCUCCAUCCACAGGAUAGGACAUAACUAUCUAAUCGCUGGGGGUCUGACUGCUGGGACCCCUACUGAUGAUGAGCUCUGGGGUCCUUUUAUCCAUUCUGAUGCAGGUUGUGCGUGCACCCUGUUGCUCCAUCAGAAUGGAGAAACGGGACCCCUGUUCUCGUGAUCACUGGGGGUUCCUGCGGUCAGACCCUCCACGAUCAGUUAGUUAUGCCCUAUCCUGUGGAGCAGCACUUGGUUCCCUUCUUUCUCAGCCGUUCUGCUGUACAUUUGCUGCUGUGCUCAGGGUCAUUGUCCGUUUCCGUGACCCAGUUUCGGCCAAGUGUUGGAUAGAUGCCUCACACCUAACUCUAGAAUUCCUUGAUAUACAGAGUUGCUCAUGGUUGAGUCAUUGACUGCAAGGUGCCCGAGUCCUGUUACCGUAAAACCAACCCCAACCUCCCCCUCCACCCCUGUGCUGGCAGUUGGUAUGAGGGGUCUUCACAAGACAUGGAGCUGUGCGUUAAUGGCAAACAUCUUUGGUCUGUUCAUUCCAAACAAGAUUGGCCCAGAAGUCUGUGGUUUGUUCAGACGUAGCCUGCACUGCCAUGUUGUUCUUCUCCUGACAACCCUCGCACACAAGCCACACUUCUCCAGUCUUUUUCUAAUUGUCAUGAACUUGACCGUGUAACCUGCGGACUGAGGCCGGGAGAGUCUUGGGUUUCUUGCAGUUCCUCUGAGCGCUGCACAGUCUGACCUUGGGGUGACUUUCCUGGGACGUCCAUUCUUGAUGAAGUUGUCAGAUGUCUUGAAUAAUUCCCACAUACGAAUGGUCUUUCUUGCUGUAGAAUGAUGGACUUCAGAUGGUUUGGCAUUAUAACCAUUCCAGAUUGAUGGCAGCAACAACUGCUUCUCUCCGAUCACUACUGAGGUCUUCAAUACCCCAGUCCAGCAAACUAACAAACCUUCUUCGUUUAGGGUGACUUCACAAAUUUUGAUGACUCAAACUCAGUUCUAUUCACCUGAAUGGGGCUAAGAGACAUCGAUGCACGUCGCCCACUGAAAUGAAGGGAACUGAUCUUCAUUCGCAGAAAUUUCUGCAACAAAAUCCACAGUGUGUGCAGGCGUCCUUAUAGAGGGGAUCACACUGGACGUAAAACCAGAGA